AUGUCAUCGUCCGGUAAAGACAACAGUGGCGCCCAACACGCCAAUUACGUGGGACCUUACCGUUUGGAGAAGACGCUCGGGAAAGGACAGACAGGGUUGGUCAAGCUGGGGAUCCACUGUGUAACAUGCCAGAAAGUCGCCAUAAAGAUUGUCAACCGCGAGAAACUCAGUGAGUCAGUCCUUAUGAAGGUGGAGCGGGAAAUAGCUAUUCUGAAGCUCAUAGAACACCCGCAUGUUUUAAAGCUACAUGAUGUCUACGAAAAUAAAAAAUACUUGUACCUUGUGCUAGAACAUGUGUCUGGCGGUGAGCUGUUUGACUACUUGGUGAAGAAAGGCAGGUUAACACCUAAAGAGGCCAGGAAAUUCUUCAGACAAAUCAUGUCUGCCCUGGAUUUUUGCCACAGUCAUUCUAUAUGCCACAGGGAUCUGAAGCCCGAGAACCUGUUGCUAGAUGAAAAGAACAACAUCAGGAUAGCAGACUUCGGCAUGGCCUCCCUUCAGGUUGGAGACAGUCUGCUGGAAACCAGCUGUGGAUCCCCACACUACGCCUGUCCAGAGGUCAUCAGGGGAGAGAAGUAUGACGGGAGAAAAGCAGACGUCUGGAGCUGUGGGGUCAUUCUUUUUGCCCUGUUGGUGGGUGCCCUGCCGUUUGAUGACGACAACCUGAGGAAUCUGCUAGAGAAGGUGAAGUUGGGAGUGUUUCACAUGCCACAUUUCAUCCCUCCAGACUGUCAGAACCUCCUCCGUGGCAUGAUUGAAGUGGAUGCCACCAAAAGACUAACGUUAGAACAGAUCCAGAAGCACACAUGGUACAUAGGGGGGAAGAACGAACCAGAGCCAGAGCAGCCUGUGCCCAGGAAGGUGACCAUCCGCAGCCUGCCCUCUGCAGACGACAUCGACCCAGACGUACUGGACAGCAUGCACUCCCUAGGCUGCUUCAGAGACAAAAACAAACUGCUGAAAGACCUGCUCUCAGAUGAUGACAACCAAGAAAAGAUGAUCUACUUCCUUUUACUGGACCGUAAGGAAAGAUAUCCAAGUCAGGAGGACCAGAACCUACCCCCUCGCAACGAGAUUGAUCCCCCAAAGAAGCGGGUGGACUCUCCCAUGUUGAACCGUCAUGGCAAGAGGAGACCAGAGAGGAAGUCCAUGGAGGUCCUCAGUGUCACAGACGGAGGCUCACCCGUACCGGCAAGGAGGGCUAUCGACAUGACACAGCACGGACAGAGGUCGCGGUCUAUUAGUGGAGCCUCCUCUGGCCUCUCCACCAGCCCCCUCAGCAGCCCACGGGUUACCCCUCACCCCUCCCCUCGAGGCAGCCCCCUCCCCACCCCAAAGGGCACCCCGGUGCACACUCCCAAGGACAGCCCGGCCGGGACCCCCACCCCGACGCCGCCCCCCAGCCCUUCCAUCGGAGGCAUGCCUUGGAGGACACGCCUCAAUUCCAUCAAAAACAGCUUCCUGGGCUCACCACGCUUCCACCGCAGGAAACUUCAAGUUCCCACACAAGAAGAGAUGUCCAGCCUCACACCAGAGUCUUCCCCAGAACUUGCCAAAAAAUCCUGGUUUGGUAACUUCAUCAACCUGGAAAAAGAGGAGCAGAUCUUCAUCGUCAUCAAUGACAAGCCUCUCAGCUCCAUCAAGGCAGACAUCGUUCAAGCCUUUCUCUCGAUCCCCAGCCUGAGCCACAGUGUGAUCUCCCAGACCAGUUUCCGAGCAGAGUACAAGUCCACGGCCGGCCCGACAGUCUUCCAGAAGCCGGUCAAAUUCCAGGUGGAUAUAACCUACACGGAGAGCACAGCUGCCACGAAGGAGAAUGGCAUCUACUCUGUCACCUUCACUCUGCUCUCAGGACCCAGUCGACGCUUCAAACGAGUAGUGGAGACGAUUCAGAGCCAGUUGUUAAGCACACAUGACCAGCCAGGGGUCCAACAGCUGUCCGGCAGCCCAUUGAGUAACUUCUUUGACGUAAUAAAACAACUUUUUUCAGACGAGAAGAACGGACAGGUGCCCUACCCCUCUGGCACACCCACCAAGCACUGCCCUUCGCCCAUUCACGUCCGGAGGCACGAGCAGGAAAAUAAUGACACCAAAUGCCCCGCUGCGGGCCGAGACAGAGUCAAGUUGUCGGUGGCGUCUUUGGGGACACAGGAGGAGUCUUAG